AUGCCGAAAAAAAAUAAGAAAACGAAAAUUCUGGCUAAAAAAUUGACUCGUCAGACAUCAACGCCAAUAAUGUCUGUGUUUAACAGAAAGUCUACCAAGGGAAACUUUCCUCACCAUCCACAUUCCGCCUCAGAGUUAUUUGAGAUGGAAACUGAGGGUGAGAAUGAUAUUGAGAGAGUGCCUAGUCCUCCUACUGGGGGUAGUCGACCUACUUCUCCGAUUAAUAUGAUAAUUCCAUUAUUGGAGUAUGGGUUCUCCUGGCCAAGAAGAAAAAGUCCAUUUUCUAAAUCUAGCAAAACAAAAUCUGUGGUUGAAAUAGCUUCACCAGACAGUGGAUGUCCGGCCUCCCCGGAAAAUGAAAAAGAUCUGUAUUCUGAGAAUCCGUUAGAGAACGGCACCUGUCUUUCUUUUACGACACGUUCUCCUGAUUGUUCAUCUCCGUCCAGUGACAAAGAAAAUGCGCUGCCAGAUAUUGACGCUGUCAUUGCUUCACUUGAUGAUGUCAUUGAUGAGGAAGAUAGCGGCGAGGAUAUCCUAAAUGUUGGAAAUUUGACCAAGGCUAAAAGUUUAUCGGAAUCAACCCUCUCUACAAAUGAAAACAAAAAAGAAUGUUUUAAAGAAGAAAUUGGGCAGGAUUCAUCUGAUGAAAAUGAAAAAAGAGAUGUUUUAAAUGAAUUAUCACCAAUCAAUGGAAUUAUCAAAGAGAGAAGGGGAAGUAACUCUAAACGUGUGAGGUUUAGUCUUGAUCAUGCACCCUUGAGGAAAGCCAAAAGUUUGGACUUUAUUAAAAAUAUGGUUAUCAAAGAACCAUGUUCUUGGGAUGUAAUUGUGAAAAUGAUAGAUAUCCAGCCCUGUGAUGGAGAAAGCAAAGACUUUAAAUGUAGGGAGCUGGAAUCCUUCAGUGUCCAGGUGUGUCACCAUCCACAGUGUACAGAACAGAAUGAUAACCAGCCCCUCCUACUGUGUAAAGAAUGUGACCGCACCAUUCAUGGAAACUAUCAGUUCAGCGGCCAUCUUGUCUUGGAUGCCCCAAAGAAAAAACCAGGACUUGGUGUUAUGCCAAGGGGGAUCUCUGCUCCAACCCUUCCAAAUUAUGAUGGUAACCAUAGUGACUCAGAAGCCACGGACUGUCACCCAGCCGAGGAAGAGGAGGAUGAAGAGGAGGACGAAACGGGCAAUGUACGGGAGGACGGAGACGCAGUAGAUGGCAUCUACAUGAAGAAACAAGAAUUCACGACACUGCCAACUGCAGCUGAGCUAAAAUUAAAACGAAAGAAAGCUAUGAAGCUAAAGAGACGUCACACAGAUGAUGGCCGUCACCUCAGUACCGCGUCAAAUGACUCGGACGACUCGGAAGAUAGUGACCAAGGUCAAGAUCAUUUGCAAGAUAAUACUGACCCUAAAAAUAAACAAUCGAGGGGCAAAUCGGAAGAUCUUGAGACAGGAAGUCAAGUGACUUUCAGCCGACAAUCUUCGUCGAAGGUGCUAACCCCGAGAGUAUAG